AUGGCGACGAAAUUGUUUGUCGCCAAUUUGCGAAUUUUUGGCGACAGAAUUAAACUAGUCGCUGAAAGGUUCAGAAGCACACAUUGUAGACUUCUUCAUCUUCUCCAGCAACACCUCACAAAGCCCUUCGCAAUCCCCCAACAACCCAAUUCUAAACUCUCUUUCCACUCCUUCAAAUAUCCUAACCCUCAUCCAAUUUCUUUUCGCUUCUCAAUCUCACAUUUGGGUUCCAACUCUAAACAAUCCAAAUGGGUCUCCGCUGUUGCUGAAGAAACUUUGGUUUCGACACAAAACCCGUCGUCCGAGGCGGCACGGAGAGUUUACAUCGGAAACAUUCCUCACACUGUCAACAACGAUGAGCUCCGCCAGAUUGUCGAAGAGCACGGUGCUGUCGAGAAGGCCGAGGUUAUGUAUGAUAAGUACUCUGGAAGGAGCCGACGAUUUGCAUUUGUUACGAUGAAGACUGUUGAGGAUGCAAAUGCUGCUAUUGAAAAGCUAAAUGGCACAUCUGAAGAAUCUGAAUUCAUUGACAGCCCCCACAAAGUUUAUGUCGGCAAUCUUGCAAAAAAAGUAACUACAGAGAUGCUCAAAAACUUCUUUGCUGAGAAAGGGAAGGUUCUUAGUGCAAAGGUAUCCCGAGUUCCAGGGACCUCAAAAUCUAGUGGUUUUGGGUUUGUAACAUUUUCUUCAGAAGAGGCUGUCGAAGCUGUAAUCUCAUCCGUAAACAAUGCUUUGCUUGAAGGGCAGAAAAUUCGUGUAAACAAGGCUUAA